UGCUAUGAUUACAGGAGGUGGUGAGGCCACGGUUACGUGAGAAAAUGCUAAUCUCCUGGCGUGGCCGUGCGCACGCUGCUCUGAACGCUGUGUGACGCAGAGUGCGUGGCGAGAGGCGAGAUGUCGACGUCCCGGCUCCGGGGCCACGACAUUUCCAUGGAAACGUAGACGCGGUCUACGCGGGAGCACUUGCCGCGCCCGGUGUUGCUACGCGAUGUUGCCCCGUACUGUUCCUUGCAGUUAGGUUAUCCACAGAUUGCACUCCGUCGUAGCGAUCAUACCAAUCACGUCCACGGGCUCCGAACGUCAUCGUCCUCAACCCGGUGAGAUUUCCCCACGACUUCUCUCUUGUGACUCGUUGAGUUGACGGUUGAUGCUCAUAGCAGCGUCGAGCAGAAUUCGAUGGUCGGUUCGUUUGUUAUGAAUAAACGUAAAGCCCAGUUAACAAACACAGAAGGCCUAGAAUUUGGAGAGCACACGUGACGUGACAUUAGAGAAUAACAAGAGAGUGCAAACUGCAGUGUUAAUGUUCACAUGACGUUGCCAUCCUUAUAUUUCGUACAAUGAGCAGCUGGACCGAGAGAAUGCAUCGACGUGCCGCUACACUAGGAAAUGUUGUAACCAGCUGUGGACAUCCUUCCUCGGUAUCACCAUAUCCAAGACGCCUUGAAAAAGUCAAAUUUGGGGUACCUCUUGACGAAGUGUGUAAAAACGAUAUUCCCGGUCCUUUACUGGUUCUUAUAUUGAAAUUAAACAAGGAGGCUCCACUCAGGAAAUAUAUUUUCCGGGCACCUGGCCACCAAGCUAACAUGAAAAAACUCAUUCACUUCCUGCAAACUGGGCACUUGGUCAAUAUGGACAAUUUUAGCGUUUAUACGAUAGCUAGCGUGCUGAAAAAAUUUCUACGCAAAAUACCGGGUGGUGUGUUCGGGAAAGAAGGGGAGCAACAAUUGUUCACUGUAAUUCAGCUGGAUAGCAUAGAACAACAACGGGACCAGAUACAUAAAUUAAUCACUUCCUUGCCGAUAUACACACAACGAUUGUUGGUGCUGCUAUUCGGGACAUUCAGGGUAGUAGCAGUAAAUAGCGAACGAGCACGCACGGAAAUGUCCAGCGAAGCCCUGGGAGUAUCCGUAGCACCGUCGUUUUUUCAGAGUUGCGUCAGCGACGGCAAAACUGUCAAGAUGGAAGAUGUUCUCAGAUUUAAGGUUGCCACACGCGUCAUGAAGUUUAUGAUAGACAAUUUUGGUGUGUCGAAUCUCUUUGGCAGAGAUAAUUACGAAUUUUACGCGCGAAUAACCGGUAGAAUAUUAAAAGUGGAGGAGGACUGGAUCUUUAGUUUUCGAUAUCCACCGAAUACUCUCGUGUCGAGACAAUUAUCGUUGGAAGCCGAGAAAACGUGGUUGCAAUGUGAAUGCGAGAGAUGGGGACUAAAGUUUAAUUUAGAAUGUAUGUCGCAUCAGGAAGAGUCGCAGUCAACCCCGGCGCUAAUUCACAUGCCAGAAUCCUUGGACCUCGCUUCGUCGUUAGGCAUGAUACCCGAGAACACCCUGCUCGAGAGUUACACGCGCCUCUCAGUUAGUUUAGAGGAGAACGGCCUGUUCCAGGCGUCCAGUCGAUCGUCUAGCAACGGCAGCCAUCAUUCUCGACAUGCGGGAAUGACGUUAGACGAGCUUCGCGCGGUAAAUCGCUACGCCGAGAGCACCAAGAGUCUCAGUUACCUGCCGCAGGUUCACGAAAGGCAAGCCGCACGAAUGCGCACCCGAUCCGAGUGGUUUCUCACACCGGUCGGAGAAAGACUGACCGCGACGGACAGCGAUCCCACAGCGAUACAUGUACUGCGCGGUUCUAACCGGUCUUCUUCCGGCAACAUCGCCACAGGUUUGAGCGCCAGCGCGGAGUCCGUGAAGCGGCCGAGUUUGCGACGAACGUCCUCCAGGGAGAAGCAACGGCUGCACCGCAGCUCGUCCCGCCGCAACAAGGAGAACGGUGCGAAGGCACGCGCAGCAGAGGCGGCAUGCAAAUCGCGCUCCUUGGAGACAAUGAAGACGAAGAUCGUGCGAGUGGUGACAGUGGAGCAACCAGUCGAAAAGAAGAUCUUGGAUAACAGCCGUGAGAUCAUCGAGGAGCGCCCUGUCAGGGAACACGCGUGCACCGCUGCUACCGUUCGCGGCGGGAGCGGCGACGGCACUAUCGGUCCGCAGGAUUGUACCGAGAUGGACGUGCAGACGUUCCACGUCACUCUCACGUACAAACCGCGAAUAUAGACGCAUUUUAGUUUAAUCACGAUGUUCAAGAAAGCAUCGCCAAAAUCUCGAUAAGCCGCCUACUAUCGGCAGUUGAUCUUUACACGAAGUCGCCUACGUCGGUGAUGUUAAUUAAUAUACGUAUCCGGAAAUCUAUAUUCGUCCCGUAUUAUCGUAAACUCCGAAUAUCCAUUGUUCACCAUCCUAAUACGUGGGGACGAAAUCCACGAAGUCGCGAAAUUUUCUCGUUUCAACGCUAUUCGCUUAUAUUCUCCGUAACGACAACGUCGUUUAAUCGCGUCGUGCAUGCAACAGUCGAUUUUACGUUUGUACGAUACGGCGAUAAUGCAGGCGUUUUAUUUAACUUUAAUUUCGCGAACGCGCGUGCUUUCGAUUGCUCGAGUAAUAGACAAUGAUAUAUAUGUAUAUCGUGGCAUUCCAAAUGCAUUUACUCGUUUCUCUGAUAUUUUAUUUCGUCUCACGCGCGGAAGACGACACCGUUUUAUUUAAUCGACAUCGCGCGCUUUCUUCUCGCACAUGUUUACCGCCAAUCACCCUGCACAUGCCCUGUAUAUUUAUUCUAAGCUACAAAACGAUUUGCAGAUGCACCCUUGGCGGAAUUACUCACUGUCACGUCCUGAAAAACGCGAGUGUCACUGCAAACCGAUUGAAUUUGAUAGAUUUUUGUAAAUAUCAUCACGUAUUUUGUGCGGGAGAGCUUUAUGAACCUCGACGCGCUAGCAACGCGCCUACGAUACAGAAACAUAAAUGCAACGUCACGAGGUUGUUACAUGCCAAAUUAGUGAUAAAUGUGAGCCAUCAUCGAUUAGAUAUAUUAUGAUCGUCGUACUGUCGCAUACUAACCGAAUCGUUUACAUAAGACUUCGCUACAAUAGGGGCUAAUGAGAUACACAACGUAAGACACACUACUCGAUAUUAUUCUCGUCCGCGAGAGCGAAUUCUCAUGAGCGAGCGAGAGACAUUUACAUUGUAUGUUAUGUUUCCUUUUGUAAAUAAUGACGUAUACGUAUGUAAUAUGCUACAACGAAAGUGUUCCAUAAGUAAGAGGAAGUAUGGUAUUUGAUGACCGAACGGAAAGUUCGUGCUCGCACGUGACGUUUCUCCAGUCACCGGCGAUAUCUCAUGCCACGUUAACGAUGGAUUAACCUUAUCUUGUUACGAUAGAAAAAUAUCGUGUAAUAACUUUCACGGUUGCACGCUAAUCGAAUAUUAUGGUUCGAAUACGUUGCAGAAGAAACUUAUUACAAGAUUCAUGUAACCGCGAAGAGCGUCACGACAGCGAGUACUUGCAACAAGAAAAAAGCACAAAAGAAAAGAAAGAAAAGAGACAUUUUCAUUGUCCGUUCGAGGUUUCGCAAUCUCUAUUCGUGCGGUAGCUACUAUCGAGAGAGAGAGAGAGAGAGAGAGAGAGAGAGAGAGAGAGAGAUAACUAUGUAAAUUAUAAAUUAUUAUAUUUAUGGCUGUAUGCGUGCGAGCGUAUAGCAUGUAAAUAUUUAAUAUACCAAAAAUGUAAAGUGUGUUAUGAUUAUAAUUAUUAGUGGAUGUAAUGUGUGUAUGCGUGCGGGCGUACGCACGCGCGCAUGUGUGUGUACACAUAUAUAUAUAAGUGUAAACGCGAGAAAGUAUGUACGAAUGUAAUUGAUAUCAUAAUCGAAUUAAUCGGUAUUAAAUUGUCGAUGUCGUCCCCCGUCGCGACAAGGGACUUCAAGUAUCGAGCAGAGGAAAGAAUAUGCAUGCCCAAAUGAUGAGACACGCGAUUAGGAAAAGCAUCAGCCUCAAACGAAAGCUAUCCCAACCGACCACGAUCACCCGCGAUGUUGCACCUCCGUCGCUCGCUGCUGCGAUGACUGAAAUAUAAAACACGCGAUCAAAAUAUCCACCGGUGCGCGAUGUCUGACGAUGGUGAGAUAGGAAUGGAUGGACGAUCACGUUGUCGUCGUUGUCACUGUCGUCCCACGUCGGUUUCAACAUGCCUCGAAGCUGCUGCUGUCGCAUCUGCGCUUCUCGAUCCCGCGUGCCAAUCGGUUGGACGCUGGUUGUUACAGGCUGCUGCUUGUUCUCGACAACAAUGUCGUUUCCGACCGCGCGAACCACCGUGGACCGCGACUCGCCAAAGCGAUCAUCGUCAUUGUCAUUAUUAUCAUUAUUAUUAUCGUCAUCGUCAUCGUCAUCGUCAUCAUGUUGUUUCGCGAGAUACAUGUUCGAUCGUGCGCAGUCAGUUGUAUUUUUCAACGACGACAAUUUCACCGUGAUGUCUCGGGGGAGAAGAAGGGAGUACGUUUAACACACAUCAAUGCUCUCUAAGAAGUACACUUAAAUUGUGAAUAAUAAUAAAAUCGCGCAUCGUAAGAUGAAGUGAAACAAAUAUCUUCAACGGCCCUUGCGUUCUCUCUGUUGAUGCGAGAACAUUGAUCAAAAAUGAAUGAAAAAAAUCGUGAAACAUCGCUUCUUGUUGCGGCGUACGAUUGGAUUAACAAGAUCAAUCUCAGAUUCAUUCUCUUCUUCUCUUCGUAUCACGGUCGUCUCCAACUUUCGUCUGUUAGUUUUUGCCAAAAAAAAAAGGAAACAAAUGCCACGGAGCAUCAUUAAUCUUGAUCAAGAAGUUCGUUUUUAUCUUUUUUCUUUGUUUAAUUAACGUAAGUGUCUUAUGGGAGGAAGGCGAACGAAUUUUUUGAUCGAACCGAUGUUUUAUAUAGAAUUACUAAAAAGAACACAGGCAUAUAUAGCGCAAUUUUUAAAUAUUAAGGAUCUUCAGUAUUAUUCGUAACUCAGUAUAAAAAAAAUUUGUAGUGUUUUUUAAUUUUCUAACAGCGACAACAAACUUCGUUUGGAACCUGUAUAGCAGUAAAGGGUUAAUUAUUCUACAUGUAUUACAUAUAUAACAACCGUAUUUUACUCGAAUAUUUACAAACGUCGCAAAUAUUUAAAACAAUACGAAAUAUACAAUAUUACAAUCCGAUUUACAGAGACGUUUACGGCUAA